GAUUUGCCUCGUGUUCUCCUCGUUUCCUGCCCACAGAUUAUGACCUGCAUUUGACAGGUUCAUCAACCAAUUCUCCUGCAAUCUUCCCGAAUAUGAUCAGUUUGUCUCCUGCGUCUUCAGCUGGCGGAAAUUUACCAAACGCGGGCUUUUGGAACAAGUUCAAACCAAAAUCCAAAGAACCUGAAAAACCUCCUCCAAUGGCUCUCUCCCGGCAACGUCUACUUACUCUCGCCUUUGGCGAAAUGGAAACAAUUUGCAUGAUGCCUAGCUCGUAUGCUGAGCUGGAAGAAGCAGCCAGGAAUUGGGCAAGACCCCCACCUGAUGCAGCGUUUACUCUCAGAGUUCCAGUUGAAUAUGCAUCUAUUCAUGCUGCGCGUCUCGUUGCUGGUCCAUAUAUCUAUCUCACAAGUGAAGACUCGUAUCAAAUUGCUGCCAUGGGAGCACAGGGUAUCCGCGUAGAGAUUUGUAGUGAUGCACCACCUCCACCAGAUGAACCUCCCGCACCUCCUCCCCCUCCCGUCUUGGAAAUGCCUGCCACCUUCAACCUCGAGCUCAGCUCAGGUCAACAUGUCGCACUCGACACCACGAUUAGUUCAGACGAGUUGGACAUGGCUCGCAUGGAAGACGGAACAACCGUUGACGGGAUGUUCUGGGGAAAGCUGGAUAUAGUCCACGAUGGUGACAACCAUACCAUGGAAUUCAGCGGUACACGACUUGUAAACCAGGAUCAGUAUUCGUCGGAAUUCAUGUUCGACUCUCGGGUCAUGACAAAGCUAGCUGUCGCUGCUAAACCGGCUGCCGCGAAGUGCAACCUCAGCAUCCUAUCUCCGGUGCAACAAUACUGUGACGUCAUCUUAACCUUUUCGAACUACUGGAAAUUGGGAGUCUGCUGGCCAAAUCCAGAGGUUGAGGCCAACAACAGAUUCAAGCACUUCAUACGCGCCCAUCCUGGUGGUGCUCUGGAACAUUUUUCUACUCAGGCGGUGUCAACAGCUUUGUAUUAUGAAGCCAUACCAGAUGCUGGUAUGCUGGACCCUGAAUCAACUGUUAGUCCUCGUAACGGAUUCGCAAUGCCCUAUGACACUUUUGUUCCUCAUCUCAUCAACGUUCUCGAUUCGCUUGGCCUGUCCCUCUAUGCUAAAACUAACUUCGUGAACAACAAUAUCGCAGCGUUUGCCACGCAUAAGAACAUCGCCUACAGGUUCCUCAGCCCCAGCAAAAUCGCCGCGGCCGUGGAUAUCACGGUUUCAUAUGAUCCCUGCGUUUUUACAAGGCUUUUCUUGAUAUGGCGUGGCGUUAGCGAUGAUGAAGUUGCAAUGUUUGCCGAGAGGAAUGCUAGUGAGAAAGAAGCGCAUAGUUUUAAUUGGCGAGAGAUCGUGGGAUGGGUCGAAGAGUCGAAAGAUUCUCAGAUGUUCCGUGUUCUGGAGACUUCCGUUUUGGAAAUCUCCUGAUAUGGGUGUUUCUCUUUCUUCUCUUCCUAUAUCAUACACUUGUAUCAUUUCCCCCUUGCUUUUUUCUGUGGUCGCAAAACACCUACGAUAUCGGUCAUGGACGUCUAGUCAUAAUCCGUCAUCUUCCUCUUGUGGCUGUAUUUUUUAAUUUCUCUUUAUGCUUAAUCGUUACUAGUUGUAUCUACUGUUUUCUGGUUUGUUUGUCCAUCUGCUCAUACUCUGGUGCUUUACUGUUAUCGAUGCUUUUGCUUGGUAGGCUGCCUAUAUGGGUGUGAAAAGGCAUGCCUUUUCACUAUUCGAGUGUAUUCCAAAGCGUUAAGCGCUGAUUGCGC